AUGUCACUUCUUGCACAUCCAGAAGUACUACGAAGGAGAAGGGUAUGGGAUGAGAAAGAGUUCAUUGAGCCACAACAUGGUCGUAGAACGCCAGAAGAAGUAGAAGCAGAUCGUCAGCGAAUCAUCAAAGAAGAGAUCGCACGACGUGAACGAGAACAUCAAUUACACUUGGCACAGUUCAAUUCUGAAGGUGUUUAUGCAACUGAUGAGACACAUAUAGUCUUCACGCUUUCAAUUCUGUUGGUUUGCAUGAUGUUGGUCAUCUAUCCUUGGCAAUCAAGUAUAGCACUUUGGAAGCCUGAACAUUAUACUGAUGGCAAAAAUGCUACUACGAUAGCUUGGAAAGACUUUCCAGACAAGAUGAGAAAAAACAAAGCACCACCUAUGCCUAGACCAUCUCCCGUUCCGCACCCAAGAAGAUUGGAUGUGUCAACUCUCUUUCUCAAAAAGCGACCUAAAAGUGUUCCUGCACCUGCCAAAGCAAUGCCUAUAGUGGAAUCAAAGAAAGACUUAGACCUUGCCUCCAAAGAAGAAGAGGAGACAUCACGAUUGCAGGACAAUCAACUAGGCCCCACGCCAUCCACCGGCCAAGGACCUGUUGCAGAAGAGAAGGAAGCACCGCCAUCACCUACGCAAACGCAAGGCAGUCAAGAUUGGACAUCUACCCUAGCCAAACGAGUAUCCAAGCGACUGGAGAAGGGCAGGAGGAUGCUUUAAAAACUUUUCAAGGAAGACACACAAUCUCGAG